AUGGAAAUCCAAAUCCCGUACACGAGUCCUGUGGACCCCCAACGAUACGGUUUCCUCACGGUCGCGCUAUUGCUCACUGGACUCGUGUUCAUGGCGCUCUUUUUUACACGUGCUGUGGCCCCUCAGAAGAACGCUCUUGUGGAGCUGGUGCUCUCGUUGAUCGGGGCACUGUUGCUGGGCUUUGGCACGCUCUUCCUCUUCUUGUGGGCCGAGAUCUACGUAUAG